AUGAAUGCCGAGACUAUCGCUGCUCUUGACCACUGGAAGAAGACCCCACUGCGCCCUACGGACAUUCCGUUUGUGGAUGCUGUCCGGUCCCUGCGCGGUGAUCAUCCUCUCGUAGAGGCUCGCAUGCAAGGUCCUUCCCGGUGGACAAUGUUACGGUCGGGGACAGACCAGCCGGCUGUGUUCAGCUAUGCGGCAGUCUUUAGCUGUGCCGAUGAUUACGAGACGGGAAAUCUCGUACUGGAUAAGAAUCGCCCUCCUGCGGGUUUGCCCUGGGAUCGACGGUACGCUAAUUAUAAGUGCAACUACGCCUAUGCCAUGGACACUACCGUGGAUAAGAGCUUGUUCGAGUUACAGCUUGAUUUGGAGGAGUAUAUUCAGGGGUGCCCUGGUUUCAACGCCGAUGGCCUACCCCGUCGGGAAUACCAGUCUGGCAACAACCCCGAGUUCAUGCAGCGUUACUGGGUCCGCUCUCCGAUGUUUAUCAACAUAGGAGACGGGGCCGCGCGGAACAUGCCUCGCGCGGAGCUUCAUCCUUGGGUUGUCGAGGCGAGUCGGCGGUCGCGGUGGUACCUGGCGAACCCGGAUCGGCCCUCUGUCUUGGCUCUGGAGAAGGGUUUGUUGCGGGAUAUUCGCAAGUGUACCCCUAGCGUGCUGUACAAGGGCGAUGUGGUGCUCUUCACGUUCACUGCGUCAUUCACGUUGGGACGUGCCUGGGCUACCCAGCUGGUGCCUUUGGAGAUCGUGCGGGUGUUGGGUGGCGGAACCAAUCUAUCUUCGGUCGACUUUUCUGUUCCCGUUGUCGAUCGAGCGUUGCGGCCGUCGCUCAUGGACGGCGAGGCCAUUGAUGGUACGUCAUUUGCGUUAUGA